AACAGAUGCUUCUUUCCUGAUGCCCAAGGAAGAGUACGAAGAUCCAGAGGUUUCUGGAAGGAAUCGCUAUAAAUUCUUUGACAGGCCCUUCCUUCCAUUUCUUCAACAUAUGCCACUCAAUGUUGUUUUAGCAACAUCAAAGUUAGAAAUAUUUGCUUUUCCUCCCGAAACUUCCAAGUAUGCAGUCAUCCCAUUGAAGUGUACUGUGGGCACUCAGACGGAUUACCGGGACGCAGAUGUGCAAACAGAUCCGUACUCUCCAGAAUAUGUCGUGUGUCAAGACACUAUUCCUGAGCUCUUGACCCUGGCUACCCUGACGUGGGGCCGAGGUCUCCCAGCAGGACAAGCCGAGGUGGAGAUGAUAGAACGGGCCCGGGAGAAGCGUGCCUGGGAAGGCUCUCUUCCCCCACUGAGUGACAUCUUCCACUUUGAGAAGAGGAGGGAGAUGAUGAAUGCCAUGGAGCGGAAGGAAUGGGCCUUCAGAGAGGGAGAGAUUGAAAAACUGCAGGACCUGCGACUGGAGGUUCUGAAACAGCUGCUGAGGAGGCGCGAGGAGAACCAGAACGAGCUGGACACCAGGCACCUGAACGACCAGUGGUGUAGACUGCAGGAGGCGAAGGAGGCAAAAAUGGUGCAGAUCCAGCACACACACGUGUCAAACAUCAGAAAGCUUAUGAGAAGAGGGAAGAAUGUAGAAGGGAAGCUGCAGAGAAGAGACAUCAUCAAGGAAUACGCCGAUUUUGCAUCUCAGGUCUAUGGACCUCUGUCCCGUCUUGGCCGUUUCCCAGACAACAACUCAGAGGACUUCGUGGUCAGAAACCACUAUCUCAAUACCUACGAAGGGUUGGUGGAACUUGAAGCGUGUCUCCCUGACUUUGUGACACAGCCAAGGAUCAUACCUCCAAAGCCCAGAGUCAUCACCACCAAGGCCGGUUUUCUGAAGAGGACGGCAAGGAUGGAUUACGAGCUGGCAGAGGUUCACAAGGCAGUGAUGGAUAAGAAGAAGAAAGUUCUAGAAGGAAAGAAAUCUCUGCGAUUCCUGCAAAAGAACCCUCUUCCCAAGCCUCGGCUCCCAACCCCCACAUUGGAGAUGAGUUCAUAUGAGGAAGGAGAGAUAGAGAUGGCUGUGAUCUACUUGCAGAAAUUACUCCGGGGCAGAGUUGUACAGAACAUGAUGUUUGAGGGCAAGGAGAAACGACUGGAGUUGAUCCUGGAGUUGCGCACCAGCCAUGCCCUGCAAGAGGAUGACAAGCUAGUGAAGAAAGCGGAGAAGCAAGUGACCCUGGCCCUGCAGCGGCAGAGGAACCUGCAUGAGGAAAAGGUGUCAGUCAUUGAAAACCAUCUAGGUGACCUGGAAGGACGAGUGCUGGCAGACAUGUUUGACUUUCUGUCUAAAGAGCUGGUGAGACUGCAGGAGGAGAGGAGGAUCCAUGCCUUUGCCAUGCUAGCUGAGCGCCAACGGCGCAUGCGGGAGGCGGAAGAGAGUGGCCGAAGGCAGGUGGAGCAGAGGCGCAUACAGCAAGAGGACCAGAUAUUUAUGGAGGUGAUUAAAGUUCACCAAAGUACGGUAACCUCCUAUCUGGAAGACAUCAUAUUGAACACUGAAGAGAGUACUGCGGAAGAACAAGCCAGAGCAGAAAUUGAGAAGAUCGCUGAUGAAAUCAAUGACAUCGCUUAUGAAAUGGAAAACCGUCGAACAUAUCUUCAGUCAGAGGAGAUUGUUGCCGAGUUGGUUUACAGUUUUCUCAUCCCAGAGGUGCAAAAAGACUUCGUCAAAGAGAAAGUGAGGAACGCACAGCGGAAGCACAUUCUCGCAGCCCAUGACAUCAUUCACACCUACACGGAAGCUGUGAUCCACAAAAACGCCAGGGCGGAAGAGCGGAGGAAGAAGAGAGAGGAGUCAGAGCCGGAUAAGGCCUCAGUCUCUGAAGACCAGACUCCAGGCAAGGAAAAGAGUUAG